AUGGCGACACCAACAAAAUCCCAGGCCAUUUCCACCCCUAAACCGCAUCUCUCCCCUCCAAACAGGCUCAUGGCCUCACCGCGUCCGGGCACCUCGGGAAACUCGCAUCGGCCCCUCGCCUACAAAUCUCCUGCGGUCAAGACUCCAGCCUCAGUGCACGGACAUCAUGUCAGUGUCUCGUCGCAACCGUCCUCCACACCCCUGGCCGCAGCCGCCGUGCAUGAUGAUCUGCUGGCCCUCAACUCGCCUGCUGCCGCUCUCAUCAACUCUUUAGGAAAUACGGGACUCACACCUUUGGGGAAUGGUGCGGACGGCCUAGGCAUCACCACCUCGCUGUCAGGUGGGCCCGUGAGACCUGCUCCUCUCGCUGUCCACCCAGAGGUCGAACGAUUCCAUAGAGCGGAACUAGUUGUGGAUUUGCUCAAGAGUCGAGUCGGGGGUCACGGAAUCACUCGCGGGGGGGUGGAGAGAAUAGCACAGUUGCAAGGCUUCACAACUCUAUGGGACGAUGACAACCUAACAAUUGCCGGAAAUUGUGUAGACCUCGAGAUCAACUUCGAAUCUGGCGGCAGGGACGAUGUCAGAGAUGUGAGUCUCAAGCUCAAUAUAUCAGACAGCGCGUCCGAAAGCGAGGAGCCCCAAUUUCAGGAACAAGGCACCCAGGUUAUUAAGGGUAACCUGCAAGACCUUGGCGACAUUGACCGAGGCCCGCGAUGGAGGUCUCUCGAUGCCUUUACAGCAAAUCUUCAGUACCUCAGCCAACUCGAUAGAAUCGAAAGUGGAACGCCUUGCUUUAACGCUGUAGGGGACCUGUACAAUGCGUUUCAAAAGAUCUGGAAUGCCGAAAAGGAGAGAUUCAAAGGGCGGUCUACUAGGCAACACCUGAGACAAGGCACAGUUGGCAGACCUGUGAUGGAUCGAAAACCCCGAUUGGGGCUGGCUCUGGAUUACUGGGGCUCUCCAGACGAACCAAGGCAACAACCCGAAGGCGUCGUCAAAGAUAUGGACGACGAUGACACCCGUGUCUACACGGCACGAAUAUCCUGUGAGCCUGGUUUACCUUCGACCGCCAUCACAAAGCAAUGGGUUUCGGACCGGGUUCUUAUCCAGGACCCAGAGGUGAUGCUGGACGUUGAGAAUGAGAAAUGGAAGCCGGAUUGGCGAGACCCGGCACAGGAUACGGCAACCGCAGAUCUGUUAGCCAAGCCAGAAGCAGAUGAUCCAGCCGCAGAGAAGUCGACAGAUAUGGUCCCAGGUGUCUUGGAUAUGCAUUUCUCGUGUACCCUGGAACCUGAAAUUUAUCUCCCCCUCAAUGUAGCGGCCAACUUGAAUCUGGAGGUUGCUAUGCUGGACAUAAAGCAGGAGCUGACCUCAACAUACCAAGCGGCGUUGCAGAAACACUUCAGCGGCGCCAGCGUCGAUGGCAUCAGGAGAGCCUCUCAAGAGAGAUGGCUUAGAGUCUUACUGAUUGCCGAUGACAGCAACGCAGACCGGUUGCGACGACAUUCAUAUGCCCUGCAGUCCUCUCAGCACGCUCCACCCCUAUGGUGUUGUCCUGUGAGACACUUGCAAUUCAAUCAUCCAAAACACCUUGCAGCCGUGCUGCCUGUUCUGCGGCAGUAUGCCGUCGUUUGGGGUAUUUUGCGGAGCUUAGUUGAGUAUGAGAGUAAUCACCAACAGGCCAGCCCGUCAAGGACGGUCCAAUCCAAUGGAAGACAUGGCUCAGAAGCCUCUCCCCGACCUUUGAAGCGAACUAACAAGAAAAGUUCCGGCUCUGACCUCGAUGAUCUUGCUAAGCCGAACGGUGAGCCGGAUCCCGACCAGCCGUUACCCAUCGACUUGAACAUGGACGUGCUCUCUGAUUCUUCCAAGGCGAGGCUUGAUAUGUACAUUCCGCUACGCGGACCGGUUAGAAGAGAACAAAAGGUUCCAUUCAUUUUCUUGUCCUUGAAUAUCUGUCAGGGCGGAGGAAUUGAAGUUCGAGACUUGCGCGGGAUCCCCACAGAUGGCAUGGACGGUGGAAUCCGGUCCAAGAUCAUACGGAUCUUGGAGAUGACAGAGGAUAUUGGCUUGAUGGUUGAAUGGCUUCUGGAACAGGCUGCUGCGCGCAGGUGA